AAGAGCUCAUUGAGCUGCAGACACUCAGUUGCUCCCAGAGGUGCUGUCACCUGCAGACUUAGGGCAGGUAUUCAGAUCUGGAAAGGCUGACACACUUCUCACCCCAGGCAAUGGUUCCGGAGCAGAUGUAGUUGCCUGAAAUCAACUUGAUGGGCAGCAAAGAGGCUCUGAGGCUCCAUUCCACUGAACGUGGGCACAGGAGAGAGGGAAAAGUGCCCCAGAGCCGUGCUGGGGACAUGGUCUGUGCACAGCCGGUCCCUCAGCAUCACCUUCAUGCUGCUUUGAGCACCCUGGGCUGCAUCCCCCUGGCUGUGCCAUGCCAUGCCCUCUCACAGUCUUCUGAUCAGAUUUACAUCUAAGACCUACUUCUGGAAGGUGUCCCCAAAGCCUCCAUGGCCAUUGUGCAGCCAUGUGAGGCACAGAACAUGCCGUGGCAUUUCCACCUUGCACCCUUCCCGCAACUGAGUCUCAGACACAGGGAACCCUUUGGCAGGCUUGCCUGGCUCUUAAAUCCCCAUUUCCCAUUCCCAAUGCCCUGAAGGAUCAGCUCGGGGCUGGAGCUGAGCUGCAGGCAGGGAAGAGCCCGACCUCAGCAUGCCGCGUUCACACUGCACACGGCAAAUCCCGGCUGCCUCCACCAACACCAUAGAAGGGCAGAUGCAGCCGGGGCUUCCCAGAGGCUCAGCGUUCCCGGCUCUCUGGCAGCACGCUUCCGUGCAGCUGCAAAAGAGGGGCAGCAAGGGAGCGGAGCAGCACCGCUCCUGUUUGCUUUGCUUUGCUUUUUUCUCCAGCCAGGCUCCCUAAUGGGGUUUGUAUUUGGUCACGGUGCAUCCCAGGGAAAUAGGGAUGGAGGAGGGUGAAAGGGACUCGGACAGAAGUUUUGCUGUCCCAUCCUAUUGUGCAUAUCAUGUUUUUCUUGGCCAGAGGCAGCAAAAAGGCAAGCAACAGCAGGGAGCGCCUGGCCAGGAGCUCAGCGCCUGGAGGACAGAGAAUGCCAAUGGAGCCGGCAAGGAGCAGGCAGCGCUGGGGGAGGAGCACGGUGCUGAGGCAGUGAAACUGCUCCAAGGACAGGAGGAGGAGGAGAGGCUGCGAGGAGCCCGGGCGGCAGAGAAUGAGGAACAGCGAGGUGCCAGCACCCAGGUGGAAAAGGGAGAGGACCUGGAGCUGAAGGAGAAGUUUGAUGCCCUGAGGAGAGAGCAUGAGGAGACCCUGCAAGAGCUCCAAAGAGUGCACGAGCAGGAGAAGCUGCUGCUGGCAGAGUCCCACCACAAGUCCCAAGAAGCUUUACAGGAGACCAUCGCCGUGCUGAAGUCCCAACUGCAGUCUUUCCAGGACAGGAUGAAACGGGUGGAGGAAUCACUGCUGAGCAGGGACUACAAGAAGCACAUCGAGGAGCAUGGGAGCCCCAGUCCCUUCUGGGAGCAGGAGCUGGAGAGCUUGCACUUUGUCAUCGAGAUGAAAAAUGAGCAUAUCCACGGCUUGGACAAGAAGCUGCUGAACCUGGAGAGUGUGGCAGAGAGAAACCUUCUGCUGGAGGAGAAGGUGAAGACCUUGCAGCAAGAGAAUGAGGACCUGCAGGUGCGCACCCAGAACCACCUGGUGAUGACAAGGCAGCUGUCAGAGGAGCUGCUGGCCAUCCGUGGGGCGCUGGAGAAGGAGUCGAAGCUGCGGGAGCAGGCUCACCACGAGAAGGAGGAGCUGCUGUACCGCGUGCUCAACGGGGGGGAUGGCUGCCCCUUCCCCAUUGCUGCCAGUGACGUGCCUCUCAUCGCCACGUAGUGCACAGCCCAGGGGGUGGCACGGCUAGGAGUGCCCCCACACUCCAGGGCUGGCCCUUGGGGUGGCCCUGUGCAAUGGAGCACUUCCCAGGACGCCUGCACCUGCCUUUCCCCGGCCUCUGCUGCAGGGGGGGGCACGCUGUGCCAUUCCCACACCCCUUUUCUGGGGGUGAGCAGGGUCAGCUGGAACUCACAGACGUGUGUGGGGGUUGGAUCUGACCUAGCACUUGGCUCUGAGAGUAUCCAGCAUCAGUGCUGCCUGGAGGUGGGAUGGGCAUGGGAUGUGCUGGUCCCAUUCCUUGGGGCAGGUGGGCAGUCAGAGCUCCCUGCUGCCACCUCCAUCUCCAGCAUCAGCUCCCAGGGACCUUUCCCACGCCCAGGUAUGACCCUGCUCACUGCCACACCACAGCCGAGCCCUGCCUGUCCCUCUGCAAUCAGCCGGCACCACCAGCCUCAUCUUCUCUCCCAGUGCUGGGUAGAGAUGCACACCUGGGAGCAGAGCAUCCUUCCACAGGAUGCCAGCAGGUCACAUCCCCCUGCUCCAAGCCAGGGGACUCCAACAGGGCCGUGGGGCCACCGCACAUAGAUGGACACAGGUAUGGGCUGGAUGCACACAGCACUUUCCCCUGGGCACACAUGAGCGUGGUGGAACAGUCACCACUCCAGAGGUUGUCAUCAGUCUGUCCCCUCCUUGGGGCUGUGUAGUCGGGGUGUGGGUGUCUGUGCGUGUGUUUGUGUGUGUGUGUGUGAGUUGUGCACUAGGCCAACGUGCUACUGGCUGUAACAAUGACAAGUUGAUGAGAAGCAGCAGCCUCGA